AUGCGAAUAGCAGAUGUAGCUUCGUUGUUUGGACCAUAUGUGAAAUUUGUGACGGAGGAAAUAGGUGGCGGCGUUGAACCAGUGGCAGGUAUAAAUGUUUUAUACUUUUAAUAGUACUAUAAUUUUUUGAUAGUACUAUGAGUAUAAAUGUGUAUUUUGUAUAUUUACUUUAAUAGUUUAUAGAGUGUCUUUUUGGCUAAAUUUUUAUUAGAUUGCACCGCCGGAAAUUUAAUUUUUUUGGAUUAAGUGAGAAUAUUAAUGUGAAUUUUUCCCCUCCCCCCCACCCCCGCCUCUGAAUUUUUGCCCCAAAUCAGAUAUAAGAUAUUGAUGAAAGUAUAUUUCUAUAUCCAGGUCCAAAUGCUUUCCAUAUGCUCAUGAAUAGUGCUAGAUCCUUACAAGCACUUUCACUGCCAAUCCGAAUCUCACAUGUUACAAACCAGAAGCAAAAACUUCACAAUGAUGUUAUAGAAUUUUUCAAAAGACGACAACUGCAAUGGAAACAAAGUGAUGUAGCUGGCGUGGGAAAUUCUUUUUUGAAAGUGGUGGUUGAUACACUGUGGUUUUUGGAUGGUCAUUACCCAUGUUUUAUGCAAAAGAAGUCACAAAAUUCCUGA